AUGGCUGGUUUCGGUGACUACACUGGAUUUAACCGUCCAUAUGGUUUGGAUCAAAACAGGGAGACAAAUGAUUUAUAUGAUACACGUUACCAACAAGUGUACGGCUAUCAUACACCGAUAACCGAGGAGUAUCAAGGUCCACCUUUGAUUAUGGACGAAACGCCGGAAGAAGAGUCCAACGCCUUUGUAACCACAGCAAUAAGUGUUGCAAGUCUUAUAACAGAAAAUCUGUUAAGCCAUCCAUUUAUAGUGUUAAGGCGACAAUGUCAGGUACAUAACAGUUUAAGAAAUUACCACAUAGUGCCGUACACUCUCUUGCCAGUUGUUGUGAGAUUGCACAGACGACAGGAUUUUACUACACUAUGGAAGGGCAUUGGCUCAACAUGUAUCGUAAAAGGUCUUAAUUUGGCCGUUGAGGAUGUUAUAUCGAAGGGAACAGGAUGGCCGAAAGAGAUAGGAAAAUGUAAUUCGGUAUUGCAAUUUCUUCAACAUUUCACAUUAAAAUGCAUCAGCAUUGCCCUCGUCACUCCGUUUUACUCAGCCAGUCUUGUAGAAACAGUUCAGAGUGAUAUUGCUAGCGACAAACCAGCAAUACUUGAUGUUUUCCGAGAGGGUUUUGUGCGUAUUCUUGAAUGGGGCACCCCUAGUCGUGGUAGAAUGUUACCGAUCUGGGCAAUUGUCUACCCCACUGCUGCUCUCGGAAUUACGAAAUAUUUUGCUCACAUUAUUUUACGGAAAAUAGCUGCAAAAGUCAUACGCUUCCAACAGAGACACAAGCAUGAACUAAGUGAUUCUUAUAGCGGGAAUUACUCCAAGUCUCAAAAUCCUCUCAUAGAGGACAUUAAUGUGAAGGCCAAUAUAUUUUCCUUUGUAACAAUGGAAAUUCUAUUCUUUCCCGUAGAGACAAUUAUACACAGAUUGCAUAUUCAGGGUACAAGGACAAUUAUAGACAAUUUGGACACAGGUACAUCAGUGACGCCUAUCUUAACAGGUUACGAAGGAUUUCUGGAUUGUUAUAGCACUACUAUAGCAAAGGAAGGUGUGGCCGGUUUGUAUAAAGGUUUCGGGGCCUUGGUACUGCAACUUGCCGCACAUUUGGCAAUUAUAAAACUAACAACGCUAGUUGUAUCAGAAAUGUCUAAUUUAUUGAAACCAGCCCAUUCACCUACCAACUCGGAAGAGUCACACACACAACAGAAAUAUUUAUUCAACUAG